GUGGCUCCCGGUGUUGCUACGCACUGAUUACCUACGCAAGCAGCAGCAGCCUUGCCUUCCAUUGCUCCCCUGCGCUUCCAUCUCCAUCUCCGGAACCUACCUACACCCAUCAUCAUCACAAGCUCAUUGACGACACCACGACACCUCCCCGAAUCAGAGGAUCGCCCGUUUUCCUUCUCAUCAACACAGAAAAGCCGUCUGCACACUCCCGCUGAGCUCUUGGAGCUCCCCGUGGCACAAGAUGGGUCAAAACCAGUCAGGAAUGGGUGGUGGAGGCGAUGGAAAGGACGAGAAGGAUAAGAAGAAGGAGAAGCCCAAGUACGAGCCUCCCCCACGCCCUACCACCAGAGUCGGUCGCAAGAAGAGAAAGGCGGCCGGCACCAGCGCCGCUGCGAAGCUUCCCGCCGUCUUCCCCACCAGUCGAUGCAAACUCCGCCUACUACGAAUGCAGCGAAUCCACGAUCACUUGAUUCUGGAAGAGGAAUACGUCGAGAACCAAGAGCGCCUUCGCAAGGCCAAGGCCGUCAAGGAGGGUGCUGCCGUUGGCCCCGAGGGUGAUGUCGACCGCAUGGCAGACGAGCGCGGUCGUGUCGACGAUAUGCGUGGCAGCCCCAUGGGCGUCGGCACGCUGGAGGAGAUGAUUGACGAUGACCAUGCGAUUGUCAGUAGCACGACUGGUCCCGAGUACUAUGUUAGCAUCAUGAGCUUCGUCGACAAGGACUUGCUGGAACCUGGCGCCAGUGUCCUUCUCCAUCACAAGAGCGUCAGCAUUGUCGGUGUUCUGACCGACGAUGCUGAUCCCCUGGUCAGUGUGAUGAAGCUGGACAAGGCUCCGACGGAGUCAUACGCCGACAUUGGUGGUUUGGAGCAGCAGAUCCAGGAAGUCAGAGAGUCAGUCGAGCUUCCUCUGCUGCAUCCGGAGCUGUACGAGGAGAUGGGUAUCAAGCCGCCGAAAGGUGUCAUCCUUUACGGUGCUCCCGGUACCGGAAAGACGCUGCUCGCCAAGGCUGUUGCCAACCAGACGUCUGCCACUUUCCUGCGUAUAGUGGGAAGUGAACUUAUUCAGAAGUACCUCGGUGACGGUCCCCGUCUCGUCCGCCAGUUGUUCCAGGUUGCUGGCGAGAAUGCGCCCUCGAUUGUCUUCAUUGAUGAAAUCGACGCUAUCGGCACGAAGCGUUACGACUCGACGUCUGGUGGUGAGCGUGAAGUCCAGAGAACCAUGCUGGAACUUCUCAACCAGCUUGACGGUUUCGACGACCGCGGUGACGUCAAGGUCAUCAUGGCCACCAACAAGAUCGAGACUCUCGACCCCGCCCUGAUCCGUCCCGGACGUAUCGACAGAAAGAUUCUCUUUGAGAACCCCGAUCAGAACACCAAGCGCAAGAUCUUUACGCUUCACACGUCCAAGAUGUCGCUCAACGACGACGUCGACCUUGAGGAGUUCAUCUCGCAAAAGGACGACCUUUCUGGUGCCGACAUCAAGGCCAUUUGCUCAGAGGCUGGUCUCUUGGCUCUCCGUGAACGCCGUAUGCGCGUCCAGAUGGCAGACUUCCGGUCGGCCAGAGAGAGAGUCCUUCGCACCAAGCAGGAGAGUGAGCCUGAGGGCUUGUACUUGUAGUUUGUAUGACGAGGGUACGGGACUAAGGCUAGACGGGACUACGAUAGAGAUAAUGGCAAGGCAUGCCUUGACGUUACUUGACGUUGACUUGGCAUUGAUUAACGACAUGACAUGGAUUGAAAAUGAUGCAGCGUGAAGUGAUGACCGGUGAUUAUAAAGUGCUUAAUCUCCUUACCCAACAACGACUCCUCAACUCCCAGACGAACUGCAAGUUAUAAGCAUCGAACUACGACCCUAAAUUCGACCUAGAUGAAAUGCCAUCUGCCGAUAUCAAGCGAGUUGGUCGAACGGAGGCCCUUAGUAAAGCACCCAUAUCACUCCGCAUACCAACGGAAGGGUGCCAGGGUCUCAACGGCGAAAUUGACCGCCGGCUCACAGAGUGGCAAUCUGAAAUUCAGCGAAAG